AUGAAUAAAAAGGUAUUUUUAAAUAACUAUUUAAAUGAAAGAAAACAAUUGAAUGGUAAUGAAAUCAACAAUAACAACAAUAACAACAACAAUAACAAUUACAACAAUAAUAACAAUAAUAAUAAUCUAAAUAAGGAUAAGGAUAAAGAUAAAGAUAAAGAAAGAGAUAAAGAUAGAGAAAGAAUUAAAGAAAGAACUAAAGAAAGAGGUGACAAAGAAAGAGAUAGAGAUAAAGAAAGAGACAGAGAGAGAAAGAAAGAAAAAGUUGAAAAACCUCAAGUUGCCGUCUUAAAACAAAGUGCUCAACAUGUUAAACAACAAAGAUUAAAAGAAAAAGAAAAAGGUAAAGAAAAGGAAAAAGAUAAAGAAAAAGAUAAGGAAAAAGAUAAAGAAAGAGAAAGAGAAAAAGAAAAAGAAAAAGAAAAGGUAAAAGAUAGAGAAAAAGAAAAAGAAAAAGAAAAAGAAAAAGAAAAAGAAAAGGUAAAAGAUAGAGAAAAGGUAAAAGAUAGAGAAAAGGAAAAAGAAAAAGAAAAAGAAAGAGACAAGCUCAAACCAAAAGAUUCCAAAAUUAAAGAAAGAGAUAUUGAAAAGGAAAAAGUAAGAGAUAGAGAAAAAGAAAGAGAAAAAAUUAGAGAUAGAGAAAAAGAUAAAAAUAGUAACAAUAAUAUUAUUAAACCAAAAGAAAAAAAAGAUGAAAGUAUUGCAAAAACUCAAAAAAAUAUAACAAUUAAAGAAAAUGGCAAUAUAACCAGUAGUAGUAGUAUUAGUAAUAGUAGUAGUAUUAAUAAUAAUAAUAAUAAUAAAAUAAUAAAUAAGAGUGUUAGUACCAAUGGUAAUGGUAAUAGUAGUAAUAGUACAAAUAAUAAUAACAGUAAUGGUAGUAAUGGUGUAGAUAUAAAAAAGAAACCAAUUCUUGACUCAAAGAAAAGGGCAUUACCAUCAUCAUCAUCAAAAUCUCAAACUACAUCAACUUCAACUUCAACCUCAACUUCAAAAUUAUCAAAACCAAUUGUGAAAAAGAAAAAAGAUUCAAAUUUAAAAAGGAUUAAACUUUCAAAUGGUGGUGUAGUUACAAAAUAUAAGAGAAAGAAAUCAAAUAAUGAUAGUGGUAGCGAUGAUAGUAGUUAUGAUAGUAGUGAUGAUAGUAGCGGUAAUGAUAGUAGUAGUAGUGGUAGUAGCAGUAGUAGUGGUAGUGAUGACAGCGAUAAUAGUAGUGAUGAUGAUAGUGAUAGCAGUGAUGGCGAUAGUAGUAGUGAUAACGAUGAUGACAAUGACAAAAAUAGUAGUGGAAGUGAUGAUGACGAAGAUGGUGAUUCUAGUAGUUUCGAUAGUAAUUAUAGUGGUUCAUAUGAUAGUUUUAGUGACAGUAGCGAAUGUGACGAUAGUGAUUGUUCAUGUGGAAAAAAAAGAAAAAAUAAACCCGAUAGUAGUAAUAGUAAAUUAACAAAUUUAAAAAAACCAAUAACCAAUGGUAACACCACCGAUAAUUUAGACAAUGGUUUAACAACAUCAUCAAUAGUAGUUGACGAUCAACAAAAAAUUACAAAUGAAUAUAUUGAAAAACAUUUAAAUUCUGGUAAAGCGAACCCUGACUAUUCUGAUAUUGCUGUCUUAAUUCAAAAAUCAAGAAAUAAGAAAUUUGGUUUCAUUUCAAGAAACUUUUUUAUAGAAAGAACAGAGAAAAUAUUAUACGAAAUUGAUGAUAUUGAUAUUUGUAAUUGUUCAAAAAGUAGUGGAUCAGUUUGCGGUGAUGAUUGUUUAAAUAGAGAAUCAUAUGUAGAAUGUAAUAUUGAACAUUGUGAAUUAGGUAAAAAAUGUACGAAUCAAAGAUUUCAAAGAAAACAAUAUUCAAAUAUUAAACCUGCAUUUACAGGUAAAAAAGGAUGGGGAUUAAUUGCAAAUGAAGACAUUGAAGAAAAACAAUUUAUAAUGGAAUAUUGUGGUGAAGUAAUUAGUAAACAAACUUGUUUGAGAAGGAUGAAAGAGGCAGAGAAUGAAAAGUUUUUUUAUUUCCUUACAUUAGAUUCAAAGGAAUGUUUGGAUGCAAGUAAGAGGGGUAAUUUAGCAAGAUUUAUGAAUCAUAGUUGUGAUCCAAAUUGUGAAACCCAAAAAUGGACGGUUGGUGGUGAAGUAAAGAUUGGAAUUUUCGCAAUUAAACCAAUACCAAAAGGUACUGAAUUAACAUUUGAUUAUAAUUAUGAAAGAUUUGGUGCACAGAAACAAGAAUGUUAUUGUGGUUCUGUAAAUUGUCGUGGUUAUUUAGGUCAGAAAUCAAAAUCAUCCACUUCUACAACUCGUCCAAAACAAAUCACUCGUUGGAAGAAUUCAAUAGUUUUAAAUCAUAAUCAUCAUGUUAAAUAUUUUUUAGGUGAACCAAUCAUUCCACAUUCAAACCCUUCCUCCUCCUCUUCCUCUAGAUCAGUAUCAACUCUUUAUAAUAGUGAAUUAUCACCAGAGAUGGAAUUACAAUUAAUUAAUUCAAAAAGAAUAUUCCUACAUAGAAAUGUUAGAAAAUUGAAAUCUUUUUAUUUUAAUGUUUUUAAUUAUUAUAGUAGCGGUGGUGGUAGUGGUGGUAAUAAUAAAAAGUUAAUUAAUAUAACUUCAACUUCAACUUCAAAUUCAUCUUUAAAUUCAUCUUUAAAUUCAAAUAUAAAAUUAAAAAGAAAAAAUAAAAUUAGUGAUAUCUUCAAUAUUUGA